GGCAGGCCCCGCACAAAUCAGGAUGCUCAGAGCCAAACCAGUGUUGUGCACCAAGCCAAAAAUGGGGGACUUCACCCCUUCUAUGGAAGACUUGGAGACGGGAGUUCAGGAGAUGCAAGAAGGGUGCCUGAACCUGACAGAGCUGAUGGAUUCACUCUCGGAUGAAGUUCAGCAAUCCGGCAACAUUCAAGCCCCAGUGGAAGAGGAAGAGGAAAUGAAGGUGGAAGAUUUCUCCGUGCAAGACGAGGAAGAGGGAGAGGAGCAAGGGGAGAGCGAGCCUACAGAGAAGCAAGGGAAGGGUCACUUUCUUUGGGCCAAAGCCAGCAGAAAAAUCUUGGCCUACGGCGCCAUCGCUCACCCUCACCCGACGACUCUGCCUCCGAUGCCACCUCCUAUGCUCGAGGAGAUGAAUCAGAAGGCAAAGGAAGGGCUAGGUCUAGGCCUCGCCGUUCGCGCUGGGAUGAACGGCAACCUGGAAUUUGCAACAAUUCCGGACAAGAAGGGGAUCUACUACUACUUUGUCUCCCCGUCAAUGAAGCAACUGAGAAAGAACCCCCUCAGCUCUCCCCUCUUCGCAGUGACAGCACUCACCAUAGGGGGAUUGUGGGAGACGAUUUGGCUCUUCCUCCUAACAACCCCCUAUGCAAUGCUCUCAAAGACCCAGUACAACUGCCAACUGAAGCUGACAGGGUUGACAACCAAGACAUGUAGAUUGAAGACAGGGCUCUGGAUCUGUGCAAUGCUUCGAGCAUUCAUCAGAUUCUAGGCGACGGGCAAGUGGGUGGCCAUCCUGGCACUUGCGUUCAUGGAGGAGGAGGGGGAAGCGCUCUACUGGAACUUCAAGAUCCCGCUGCCGUCCAUCAUCUACACAGUGGUAAUGCAACUCUUUCCAUACCUCUACACUCGACUUCGCAGGAUUUACAUCAUGAUGAAGGGGCUCUGGCGCCAGCCCUCAAGGCGCCACGGGCGCCAUGAGUCUUCUGGCAUGGAACUGUCAGGGCUCAGGCGGGAGCCUUGACAGCGCCAAGAUGAAGCACCUUUCCCGCCUCAUUGCGUCUACCAAUGCUCAGCUGAUGGACUUUCUGGAGGUCUCUGGGUCAUGUCUAGAAGUGAAGUGCAAGUAGAAGUAGUAGAUUCGUGUCGUUUUUACUAGUUGCUUCCACAAAGCCGUUAGGAAAAAGUUUGGUCUAGUUUGUAUUUAUGGUGAUCCAUAUCAUGAGCAGACUAAAUGGAUUUGGCAAUAUCUGAA